AUGCCAGAAACCUCCUCCGCAACAACAGCAGCAGCACCUAGCCGGCUGACACAAGAACAACUAGAUAGAAUUGCUGCCAACAAGGCUAAAGCAUUAGAGAUCCAGGCUGCGAAACGAAAAGCAAAGGAGCAAGCACAACCGCAUGAAGCUCCCAAGAAAGCAAAGUGGAUCAAGACCUUUUAUGAGUAUGAUUUGAGCACAUUGGUGGAUAGUAAGGGUGGAUUUAUCGUGGAUGAAACAAGUGAUGAAAAGAAAUUUGAUGAAAACAAAAAGGAAAAGUCGUAUGCCAUAGAACCUUAUUAUCCCCCUUCGUUGGAGGCAUCUGAAAACCCCAAAUGUAAAGAGUGCAGUUCAAUGGACCUGGAUCCCGUAUUUUUCAACGUCUUUCACAUCUUUCUCUGUCCAACAUGCAAAGAGAAGUUUCCUGAAAAGUACAGCUUGAUCACCAAGACAGAGGCCAAGGAGGAUUAUUUACUGACAGAUCCUGAAUUGAAGGAUCCCGAGCUAUUGCCACAUUGGUCCAAGCCUAAUCCACACAAAUCCACAUGGAACGACAUGAUGCUGUACGUCAGAGAGAUGGUCGAGGAAUACGCCUUUAAGAAAUGGGAUGGACCCGAGGGAUUAGAUGCAGAAUACGAACGACGAGAGGCACAGAAAAAGGACAAAAAGGACAAAAAGUUCAAAGAGAAGCUCGCUGAUCUACGACGACGCACCAUGACGAGUACUUGGGAGAGAAAGCGACAGGAAGGGCCGCACAAGCACGAAUUUGAUGAUUCUGUCGAGGAUGAGGAUGGAAACACAACACAGACAUGCAAAACUUGCGGUUUAGUGAUAGAAUCUGAAGAGUUUUGA